UUCCGUUUAUGAUAAGGCAUGUCUUUUUCUGCACGGUCUCAUAUCUCUAUUGCACAGAGUAACAGAAGCGCCUCUGUUAUCCAGACCUGGAACCGCACAGUCCAGUCCAAGAGUCACCAGAGAAAGUGAAGUUAUACGAAAGUGGUUUAUUAUGGUGGAAGAUAUGACAACUCCAUUGCUCUCAGACUCUGAAGCCCCCUCUGAUGCCCUACCUGUACGUCUAACUGGUCUUACAGUGGCCAUACUCGGUUCUGGAGACUUCUCUCGGUCACUGGCUGUGCGGCUGGUAGCUUCUGGUGUGCGAGUGGUGGUUGGGAGUCGCUGUGUGAAUCGCAUCCCAUCAGGACUGUUCCCUGACGGAGUGGAGUUGAGGAACCAGGAGGGGGCUCUAUCACAAGUGUGCCUGGUAUUUAUGGCCAUGUUCCCCGAGCAUUACUGCUCUUUGCUGGGGCUACAGUCUGCACUGGCAGGGAAGGUGCUUGUGGAUGUAAGUAACGGCGCAAAAGUGAAUAUCCAUGGGCCGUCCAAUGCGGAACGACUGGCUGAGCUGUUUCCAGACAGUCUAGUGGUCAAAGGUUUUAACACGGUUUCAACCUGGGAGUUGCAGACUGGGGCUCAUGAUGGAAGCAGACAGGUCAUGAUCUGCAGUAACAGUACAGAGGGGAAGAAGAAAGUCGUGCAGCUGGCUCGGCGGAUGGGGUUCCACCCGGUGGAUAUGGGUGGCUUGUCUGCUGCUCGAGAGAUUGAGGUCGCCCCAUUGCGCCUAUUCCCAUCUUGGAGUGGCCCGGUUGUCGUCACCUUCCUCCUUUUUCUCUUCUUCUAUGGCUACGGUUUCCUGCGGGGAAUUUUGCUGCCAUAUCUUGCACAAGGACACAAUGCUUUCUACCGUCUCGCUUUUGACCUGGUGGAAGAGAGCCUGCCAGCAGUAGCCUUGGUGACCCUGGCACUCGUUUACUUACCAGGAUUAUUUGCUGCAUGGUUGCAGCUCUGGAGGGGCACCAAGUACCGGCGUUUCCCAUCCUGGUUGGACAACUGGAUGCAGCGGAGGAAACAACUGGGCCUGCUGAGCUUCCUUUGUGCAGCAUUGCAUGGUGUCUACAGCCUUUGCCUGCCACUGCGCAGAAUAACAGUGCACAGGCUUGUCAAUACUGCCUACACACAGGUUAAAGCAGGUACAGAGGAGCCCUGGGAUGAGCUGGGUGUUUGGCGAUCUGACUUGUACCUUUCAUGUGGAGUUUUGGGUCUUGGUGUCCUCUCUUUACUGGCCAUCACUUCCCUUCCAACAGUGGGCAACACUCUCAACUGGAGAGAGUUUACGUUUGUACAGUCUGGUUUGGGCUACAUUGCCCUGACUCUGUCCAUAAUGCACACACUCUUCUUUGGCUGGGAUUUUGCCUUCCACAUUGAGGCAUAUCCAUUCUACAUGCCACCAAGCUACUUAUUGGCUGUCGUUCUACCCUGCAUUGUUCUGGUGUGCCGUUGCUUCCUGCUUCUGCCAUGCAUCUUCACCAGACUGACACGAAUCCGCCGGGGAUGGGAGAGUAAACACAACUGUCCAGUGUUACAGCACCACCAUGUGGUGCCUAAUGGAAUACCAUAGAACUCUGGGAAAGAACACGUGCUUUUUCUAAUUAAUAAGGACUUGUAUAAAAUGAAGUGUUAAGCAGAUAUACAGUUGGUCAACACAUUACAGCCAAUAUGCACUUUGGCCAAGUGGAAAAUGUUGAAAAAGUAUUAAAUUAAGUUAAAUUCAGCCUCAUCUAAACUGGGAACAACAAUUAUAUGAGACUGUCAUACUGUCUCAUCUUUGUAAGACUAAAAGCAAAGACAGAUAAGAUAAGGCACAUUUUUAUAUUAAAGUUGAGUAUUGUUGGAUGUUGGUGUUAUUAGGUGCAGUGUGUAUCAGCUGUGAUCUCUCAGAGGCACAAAGACUACAGCUCUCUUCAAACGCACACAGUACCUCUCUGAUUGUAUUCUCUCUGAUUCUGCUCCCUAGAGUAUAAAAGCCAUCAUCAGUGUUUUGUUUUGAUAUUUGAGUCUAACAACUAUGUAUUAAUUCAAAACUUAGGUCGAUACCACACAGUUUUAGCUUCAGGAAAGAGACUGAAAUACUUUGUACCGAGGUAUUGUAACUCUCUCUAUGCACUGAAAGGACUUAACACAUGCCUAAUAUUAUUAUAUAUGUCAGUACCUCAGAUGAUUGUCCUCAGGGCCAGUCAAUGUUUAAACUCAAUUUCUCUGACAAACUCCAUCUUUAACAGGAAGGCCAACAUUAUACUGCGUAUCAAUAAUUACCAUUUCAUGAACUAAACAAACUUAUGUAUUAAUACAUUUAUAGUUUCACUUCGUUUCCUUGGUUUGACUGAUUGGCUGUUGUUAUUGCUGAUGAGCUAUGGAAAGGAAGUUUUGAAUUGAACUUUUAAUCAAAUGUUGCGAAAACAUGAUUCAUAUCUUCAAAUUUAUUUAACAAAAUGGCAAUCAACUACCAAGGUGUCAUUCAAACAAAACUAGAUAUAUGGCACCUGAUUUGUGGUAAAUGAAAUAAAAAAAUAUUAAUUGGCAUUAAAAAUUCACCGAUAUUUCCCCAAGAAAAUAAUUACACUUGACAACAUGAAAACAUCUCCCCUCAAAAUUUGUCACGCUGAAGGUAUUUGAAUGGUAAGAAUAAAUAUAAAAAGUAUGAAUUAAAUUAAUAUAUAUGGUUCUAUCCCCCUUUAAGAACUUUUCACACAUGCUUGUUUCUGGUGAAUAUGCGGUUGCAUCCUGGUCUUCAUCACCAUUCUGUCUUAGGAUUGGCUUUGAACUUUUCAUAGUCGGACAUUCUGAAGAAUACAAUCUCUGUCUCAUUGGUUGUGAGAAGAGGAAAGGUGUUGAAAUAAAGAACUCAGCAGGUA